AUGAAGCUUUUUUCUUUAUUUCUUCUUAGUGCUGAGGCGUUAAAGUACAAAGAAGUUCUUCAAGCAUACAAAGAAUCACCAGCAGAAACUGGGCUUGGACUGCGAAAAAAACCAAAGAAACCGAAGAAAAAUAAAGGCAGCUCAAGUAAUGCAAGCGAAUUCUGGGAGGAAUGCCCACCUCUUCGAGUAACUGGCGACAUUGAAACAUUCUACUGCGAGGAUAACAAAUGCAUGGCAAUUUGCAAAGCAAAUUCUCAGCCGUAUGGGAAUAGCAUGCUGACCUGCGUAAAAGGCAAAAGAAGAAAGGACUCUCCUUACUGGAGCGGGGAUCAACCCCAGUGUAUAACAUGCGGUGGCUCAGCUGAUCUUGGUCCACCUUUGACCGAUAAAAAUAUUGAAGCGCAUUGCACCAUCACGAAGAAAUCGAAAAAUAUGAAGCUCUGCAAUCUUCAGUGCACAAACGGAGGAAGAUUGUAUCAGGAAGCGCGAGAGAUGUUCAAAAACAUGGAAGUGAAAUGCAUCUGCUUGAACGGAGAGUGCUUUUGGGGACAGGGGAAGAAAACGUCUAUCGAUACGGAAUCCCUGACUUGCAAAGGCAACAAAAUCAAGACAACAGAAAAACCCAUCACGACAAAGCCACCAAAAGGGGAAACCACCACCACCACCGUCGCAACAACCCACCCUAAGAAGCCGAAGCGCUGCGUCGAUUUGGGCCCCGAAAGCGUCAGAGUGAUGAACACAUGGGUCUGUCGAAACUGCUUCCGGAUCAACGCCAGCUACAAGUUCCGAAAAGUCGGGCUCAACAAGUGGGACCCAAGAGACUUUUUGAUCAUCGAGUUUAACUCGCCCGUGGAAUGGACUGAAAUGAGCCAUCCAAUUUUGAACGCGAGAAAGGUGAACGAUUAUGACGACACAAGAUGGCGAGUGAAUUUCAAAACCGAUGCAAAUUACAAAUCGGGAAUGAAAUUCGACGCGAAUUUGAUGCAGUUUGGAUUCGAAAGCAUGAACAUGUCUCCUGGAAGCUCUCAGAUAAAAAGAGUUCAAGCCUGUCCCUACUGGUACUCUGAUUAUUAA